UCAGAAGGCUGACUGACUGAAUGAGAGAGACUAGUCACCUCACUAGCUGACAGCAGGCAGUAACAGGUACCUGAAAGGGAAAGAGAAGAGGACGGAGACAGUAUGUGACUGACCGUGAGAUUGGACAUACAGGGAAAAGGACUCCAGCAAGUGGAAAGAGCUUGUCUUUUCGUCAACCCGCUUUUUUUCAUCUUUCAUCUACUUCCUGGCUAUUACCUGUUACCUAGACCUACCCGACUGGAAGGACAAAGAAAGAGGGACAAAGCGAGGAAACAGGAACCUGAGUGUCUAGAGUGGUGCCUCACAUGGUGACUCCUGAUGUCCUGGAAUAAACCAGAAGUUGAACCAUGGUCAUUCUGCAACAGGGGGACUAUGUAUGGUUGGACCUUAAGACGGGCCGGGAGUUCGAUGUCCCAGUGGGAGCUGUGGUCAAGCUUUGUGACUCUGGACAGAUCCAAGUGCUGGAUGAUGAGGGGAGGGAGCACUGGAUCUCCCCCCAGAAUGCCACCAACAUUAAGCCCAUGCACCCCACCUCCAUUCACGGGGUGGAGGAUAUGAUCCGCCUGGGAGACCUCAACGAGGCUGGCAUCCUGCGGAAUCUACUCAUCCGCUACAACGAGCGGGUCAUCUAUACAAAUUGUGGAGGAAGGACAUACACAGGGUCAAUCCUGGUUGCGGUAAACCCUUACCAGCUGCUGCCCAUUUAUACGCCAGACCAGAUCCGCCUGUACACCAAUAAGAAGAUUGGGGAGAUGCCACCACACAUCUUUGCUAUUGCAGACAACUGCUACUUCAACAUGCAGAGGAACAACAAGGACCAGUGCUGCAUCAUCAGCGGUGAGUCUGGGGCUGGUAAGACAGAGAGCACCAAGUUGAUCCUGCAGUUUCUGGCAGCCAUCAGUGGACAACACUCAUGGAUAGAGCAGCAAGUCCUGGAGGCCAACCCCAUACUGGAAGCAUUCGGGAAUGCUAAAACCAUCCGGAAUGACAACUCCAGCCGCUUUGGGAAGUACAUCGACAUCCACUUCAACAAGAGAGGAGCCAUAGAGGGAGCCAAGAUAGAACAGUACCUGCUGGAGAAGUCCAGAGUCUGCAGGCAGGCUGCGGAUGAGAGGAACUACCACAUCUUCUAUUGUAUGUUGCGGGGCAUGGCCCCGGAGCUGAAGACCAAGCUGGGCCUGGGACUCGCCACUGACUACACCUACCUCACCAUGGGCAACUGUACGACCUGUGAUGGUCGUGACGAUCUGAAAGAGUACUCCAGCAUCUUGUCAGCCAUGAAGGUGUUGAUGUUCACAGAGACAGAGAACUGGGAGAUCUCCAAACUCCUGGCAGCCAUACUACACAUGGGCAACCUUCGCUUCGAGGCUCGUACCUAUGACAACCUGGAUGCCUGUCUGGUGAUUCGAUCUCCAGACCUGUCCACUGCUGCGUCUCUGAUGGAGGUGGACCCUAAGGAUGUGAUGUCUUGUCUCACCACUCGUACCCUGAUCACUCGAGGUGAGAGUGUGUCUACCCCCCUCAGCAUUGAACAGGGCCUGGACGUCAGGGACGCAUUCGUCAAGGGUAUCUAUGGGAGGCUGUUUGUGUGGAUCGUGGAUAAGAUCAAUGCAGCCAUCUUCAGACCUCCAUCUUGUGAGAGUAAUAUUGUAAGGAGGUCCAUCGGCUUGCUUGACAUCUUCGGCUUUGAGAACUUCAUUGUCAACAGCUUUGAGCAGCUGUGUAUCAACUUUGCCAAUGAGAACCUGCAGCAGUUCUUUGUGAGGCAUGUGUUCAAGCUGGAGCAGGAGGAGUAUAACCUUGAGGACAUCAAUUGGCAGCACAUUGAGUUCACCGACAACCAAGAUGCCCUGGACAUGAUUGCCAAUAAACCCAUGAACAUCAUCAGCCUCAUAGAUGAGGAGAGCAAGUUCCCCAAGGGAACAGACGCCACCAUGCUGUAUAAACUCAACUCCCAGCACAAACUCAACACCAACUACCACCCCCCAAAGAACACCUACGGGACCCAGUUUGGGAUUCAGCACUUUGCUGGGGUGGUCUACUAUGAGACCAAAGGGUUCCUGGAGAAGAAUCGUGACAGCCUUCACACAGACAUCAUUCAGCUGGUCCAUUCCUCCAAGAACAAGUUCAUCAAGCAGAUCUUCCAGGCUGAUGUUGCCAUGUUUCUGUGUGGCUAUCUGCCGCCCACCACUCCACCUCCAAAGGGUGUGGAGACCAGGAAGCGCUCCCCGACUCUGAGCAGCCAGUUCAAGCGUUCUCUGGAGCUGCUGAUGAGGACGCUCAAUGUGUGCCAGCCCUUCUUUGUCCGCUGCAUAAAACCCAACGAACUCAAAAAACCCAUGCUGUUUGACAGGGAGCUGUGUGUUCGUCAGCUGAGGUACUCUGGGAUGAUGGAGACCAUUCGUAUCCGACGUGCCGGUUACCCCAUCAGAUACACCUUUGGAGAGUUCGUAGACCGCUACCGUGUCCUCAUGCCCGGUGUGAAACCAGCCAACAGACAGGAUGAUCUAAGAGGGACCUGUCAAAAGAUAGUGGAGGCGGUUCUGGGACGUGAUGAUGACUGGCAAAUUGGGAAGACCAAGAUCUUUCUCAAGGACCAUCAUGACAUGCAGCUCGAGAUAGAGAGGGACAAGGCCAUCACUGACAAGGUCAUCCUCAUCCAGAAGGCUGUAAGGGGAAUGAAGGAUAGGGCUAACUUUCUGAGGUUGAGGAGGUCAGUUACACUCAUUCAGAAGAUGUGGCGAGGUUAUCGGUGCAGGAAGGACUACAGUGCUAUGAGAGUGGGCUUCCUGCGCCUCCAAGCCCUCUAUAGGUCGAGGAAACUCUUUGUCACCUACCGAUUGGCCAAAACACGCAUCACCCAAAUGCAGGCACGUUGUCGUGGGUUCAUGGUGAGGAGGUCUUUUUGGCGACAGCUGCAUGCAGUGGUGACUAUCCAGGCGUACACCCGAGGCAUGAUCGCACGGAGGGUUACACAGAGACUCAGGGCAGAGCACCGACGGCGUCAGGAGGCAGAGAGCCAGCGUCUGGCCGAGGAGGAGCGACUCCGGAACCAGAUGACAGCACGGCGAGCUCGGGCAGAGGCCGAGAAGAGUCACAAGGAGCGCUUAGCAGAACUGGCCCGUCAAGAGGAGCAGAGGGAGAAAGAGGCACGGGAGGUGGCGCGGCGGAAGAAGGAGAUGGUGGAACAGUUGGAGCGGGAGAAGCAGCAACCUGUGGACCACUCAGACAUGGUGGACCAGAUGUUUGGCUUCCUGGGGAACACAGGUACACUGCCCAACCUGGAAGGACAGGGGCCCUCCGGCUUUGAGGACCUUGAAGUGGCUCACAGGGCCGAGGAGGAAGAGGAGGAGAAGGAGGAGGAGGAGGCAAUCCCUCUGCCUGACGACGAGGAGGAGGACCUGUCAGAGUACAAGUUCUCCAAGUUCGCCGCGACCUACUUCCAGGGCACCACGACGCACACGUACCUGAGAAGGCCACUGAAACAACCGCUGCUUUUCCAUGAGGACGAGGGUGACCAGUUGGCAGCACUGGCUGUGUGGAUCACAGUGAUGAGGUUCAUGGGGGACCUGCCAGAACCAAAGUACCACAUCACCAUUAGCGACGGCUCAGAAAAGAUCCCUGUCAUGACUAAGAUCUACGAGACACUGGGAAAGAGGACCUACAAGAGAGAGCUGCAGGAACUCCAGACUAUGGAGGGAGAGAACAGCUCCAUGGAAGGUGGUGGUGGGCAGAAGAAGAACAGUGUGAGACACAAGCUGGUCUCUCUCACGCUGAAGAAGAAGUCCAAAAUUACUGAGGAGGUGACCCGGCGUUUGACUGAUGGCGAUUAUAGCCUACAAGGGAACAGCAUGCUGGAGGACCGCCCGACCUCCAACCUGGAGAAGCUGCACUUCAUCAUUGGCAAUGGCAUCCUGAGACCCGCCCUCAGGGAUGAGAUCUACUGUCAGAUAUGUAAGCAGCUGACCCAGAACCCGUCCAAGAGUAGCCAUGCCCGUGGCUGGAUCCUGCUGUCUCUCUGCGCUGGCUGCUUCGCUCCAUCUGAGAAGUUUGUCAAAUAUUUGCGUGCUUUCAUGAUCAAUGGUCCUCCUGGCUACGCGCCAUAUUGUGAGGAGAGAUUGAUGAGGACGUUUGUGAACCUCACCAGGACCCAGCCACCCUCUUGGCUAGAGCUGCAGGCCACUAAGUCAAAGAAGCCCAUCAUGCUGCCGGUGACCUUCAUGGACGGCACCACAAAGACUUUGCUGACCGACUCAGCCACCACGGCCAGUGAGCUGUGUAAUGCCCUGGCGGACAAGAUCAAUCUCCGAGACCGCUUCGGAUUCUCCCUCUACAUCGCUUUGUUUGACAAGGUAUCCUCGUUGGGCAGCGGCAGUGACCAUGUUAUGGACGCCGUGUCGCAGUGUGAGCAGUACGCCAAAGAGCAGGGUGCCCAGGAGAGGAAUGCCCCCUGGCGUUUGUUCUUCAGGAAGGAGAUCUUCACGCCCUGGCACAACCCAAGUGAAGACAGCGUAGCCACCAACCUAAUAUACCAGCAGACUGUCCGCGGGGUCAAGUUCGGCGAGUAUCGCUGUGAGAGGGAGGAGGAUCUGGCAGAACUGGCAUCUCAACAGUACUAUGUAGACUACGGCGUGGAGGUCCUCCCAGAGCGCCUCCUCAACCUCAUCCCUUCCUACAUCCCUGACCGUGAAAUCAGCUCCACAAAGACCACAGAGAAGUGGGCCCAGCUGAUCACCUCCGCUCACAAGAAGGGAGUCUACACUCAGAAGAGGUUGGACCCUCAGAGAGUUAAGGAAGACGUGGUUGACUUUGCUCGCUUCAAGUGGCCUUUACUCUUCUCCCGUUUCUACGAGGCCUUCAAAUUUUCAGGGCCCAGUCUGCCGAAGAAUGAUGUCAUAGUGGCAGUCAACUGGACUGGGGUCUACUUUGUGGAUGAGCAGGAGCAGGUCCUUUUGGAACUGUCUUUCCCAGAGAUCACAGCUGUGUCCAGUAGCAGAGGAGGGAAGCUCCAGGGCCAGAGCUUCUCACUAGCCACAAUCAAAGGAGACGAGUACACGUUCACCUCCAAUAAUGCAGAGGACAUCCGUGACCUUGUUGUGACCUUCCUGGAGGGCCUCAGGAGGAGGUCAAAGUAUGUCGUUGCACUGCUCGACUGUCCCAACCCUGCAGGCGGCGAGGACUCAACCUUCCUCAGUUUUUCCAAGGGUGACUUGAUCAUACUGGACGAGCACUGUGGCGAACAGGUCAUGACCUCAGGGUGGGCGCACGGGGUCAACGACAGGACCAAGCAUCGCGGGGACUUCCCAGCUGACUGUGUCUACGUCCUGCCCACUGUCACCCGGCCUCAGUAUGACAUUGUGGCUCUGGUAACAAUGACUCCAGACCAGAGAAGAGAGUCCAUCAGCCUGUCCCAACUGGCCCUGGCGCAGAGUGAGGGCAAGGUCAAACCCUACACCCUAGAGGAGUUCUCAUAUGACUAUUUCAGACCCCCUCCUAAGAGCACUCUGAGCAGGGUAAUGAUCACCAAGGGACGGGUGAAGGAGCGUCUGUGGUGCUGCACCAGGGAGCCCCUCAAACAGCCCCUGCUGAAGAAGGUCCUGGCCCAUGAGGAGCUCUCCCAGGAGGCCCAACUGGCCUUCAUAGCGCUGAUGAAGUACAUGGGUGACUACCCAUCCAAGCGAACGCGCUCGGUCAACGAGCUGACCGACCAGAUCUUUGAGGGUUCACUUAAGGCAGAGCCACUCAAAGAUGAAAUCUACUGCCAGAUCCUCAAACAGCUCACAGAGAACCACAUUAAGUUCAGUGAGGAGAAGGGCUGGGAGCUGCUGUGGUUGUGUACAGGUCUGUUCCCUCCCAGUAACGUUCUGCUACCCCAUGUCCAGAAGUUCCUUCAGGCUAAGAAGCACUACCCCCUUGCCCCUGACUGCAUGCAGAGACUCCAGAAGGCCUUACGUAAUGGAUCCAGGAAGUACCCGCCUCACCUGGUGGAGGUAGAGGCCAUCCAGCACAAGACCACACAGAUCUUUCACAAAGUGUACUUCCCGGACGACACAGACGAGGCUUUUGAGGUGGAGUCUAGCACUAAGGCCAAAGAUUUCUGCCUGAACAUCGCCGGCAGACUGCUCCUGAAAUCAUCGGAGGGCUUCAGUCUGUUUGUCAAGAUCACUGAUAAGGUCAUCAGUGUGCCGGAAGGAGACUUCUUCUUCGAUUUUGUAAGGCAUUUGACUGACUGGAUAAAAAAAGCCAGACCAGCAAAGGACGGUGUAGUGCCUUCACUGAUCUAUCAGGUGUUCUUCAUGAAGAAACUAUGGACCAAUACCAUUCCAGGGAAAGACUCCAUGGCCGACUCUAUCUUUCACUACUACCAAGAACUUCCCAAGUAUCUCCGUGGUUACCACAAGUGUUCCCAGGAAGAGGUUUUCCAGCUGGCAGCGCUUAUCUACAGAGUGAAGUUCGAGGAGGACAAAUCCCAGUUUCCCAACAUCCCCAAAAUGCUGAAGGAGCUGAUCCCACAGGACCAGAUCCGACAUCUCUCACCUGAUGAUUGGAAACGGUCUAUAGUGGCGUUGUUUAACAAGCAGGCGGGGAAGACGCGAGAGGAGGCCAAGCUCUCAUUCCUCAAAGUCAUCUUCAAGUGGCCUACAUUUGGCUCAGCCUUCUUUGAAGUGAAGCAAACCACUGAUCCAAACUUCCCAGAGACCCUACUGAUAGCGAUCAACAAGCAUGGCGUAAGCCUGAUCGACCCCAAGUCCAAGGAUGUGUUGACGACACACCCAUUCACCAAGAUCUCCAACUGGAGCAGUGGCAACACCUACUUCCACAUCACCAUCGGCAACCUGGUCCGAGGCACCAAGCUGCUGUGUGAGACUUCACUGGGCUACAAGAUGGAUGACCUUCUGACCUCUUAUAUCAGCCAGAUGCUGACUACUAUGACCAGACAGCGCGGUUCCCGUGGCAACAUCAAGUGAUUUGCGAAGUAAUCUGUCCUGUUGUUGGGGGUUGUAGGCAUUGAGGGCUUUCAGACCUAUCGCACUGUCAUUCAAACACACCUACCCUCACACACAAUGUAUGACAGGCAAAAACACACAUACACACACACACACACACACAAUAUCAAUGACAUAUACCUGCACAAACACAAACGAAUAUACAAGCACACUCAAAUAAUCAUAUGUACUUGAUGACAUUUCUUCCCAGAAUGUGGAUGUAACUGUAUGUACUGGAUCUUGAAACCCUCUGGUUUAUGACUCUACUGUACAUAUACUACUAAUUAGAAUACUACAGACUCAUUGUUGAUGUUGCUUCAUUCUCAAUAGAAUGCCAGUAGGAUUGGUGACAAUUUACGUUUUAUAUUGUAUGUUUUGGCCAUGACAGUGUUUUGAGUGAUGGUCAGAUGUUGGUUGAUAUCUUGGAUCCUGUCUUAAUCACCAAUUGCCUUUUCUUGACCAUUAGAUAAAUGCACAACCAACAAUUUCCACUUUAGUUACAUUGCAAGUAAUCACAGGCUUUGUUUAUAAAAUGUUAUGUUACAUUUUGUGAUUUCAUUUUUUGUGAUAUUGGGCCUGAAGCUAUAUAACAGAUUGUCUAUACUGGAGAUCUCAUUACCCCAUUAUUUUCUCAGAGUUAAAUUAAACUUGAAUCCCUUCUCAUUAUCACAGGCAGGCUAAAUAAUUUUCUUGAAUGAUCUAUUCUUCCGAAUCAGUAUUAUUAGAACAUUUGAGUUCGGUCAAAUUGACCUAUAGACAUUAGCUGACUAGGACUUAUAGGAUGUUGAUAUACCAUAUCACUGGAAAGAAAUAUUUAAUAAUGUGAUAUUUUUUACUAGCACAUAUUUAGUCGUUUGCGUAUUUGAAGCAAAUUCAUUCUGUAAAUAAAGAUUCUUGGUCCAUAUGACCUGGUUUAGCCAAUUUAAAUUGUAGAUAGUAAUUUUAGAUAUUAAAGGUGAAUUAUGUAACAUGAUAUCAUGAGAAACAAAAUAUCUUUUUAAUAAAAGAAUCAGCAACAAAAAUGUGUCAAGACUGCCGCUAUUGGAUCAUGAUUUGUUAAAAACUUGCAACAGUUUUGGUAUAUUAAAGUUAUGUUAUAUGUUAUUGUCUAUAAACAAGAAAAGCAGCUCAAUGUGUAUGGUGAUUUUAAAUUGCUUACUUUACCUUUAAAAGUAAUUGUAACAGCCAAAUAGAAUCAAGCUUGCUUCAGCCAAAAUCUGCAUAGCCAUUGGUUUGGCACUGUUCAAGGUGGAACUGCAUUAGAGCUGUCAAAUCCUCAAGCAGCCCCUCACGGAUUAGUCAGAUAUAAAACCAUAAUAUUUUUUAAAUUAUUUUUUAUGUGAGUGUUAUUAUUUUUGUUCCAAACUCCAUUUUGACAGCUUUAAUGCAUUAACACCUCUGACACUGCCAAAACCCCUGCUAUGUGGAUGUCAGGCAUCGUCGAUUAAUGCUAAAACUGAUUAAAUUCUGGCCUUAGAUUGUUCUUGUGUGAUGUUUUGUAUAGUAUAUAUUAAAUAGGUCAAACUGUUUGUUUUGUAAAUGUUGGUCACUGUAAGCAAAUAUUUUGUUAUCAAUAAAGAAAUGACAAAUA